ACUAUCCAUAAAUACCCCCAAAACCACAACAAACCCAUCUUCACUCUCUCCUCACUCCUAUAGCCACCCACAAGAACAUUACAAAGAACCUCCCAAAGAAUCCCCAAUUCACUCCCGAGGGAAAUGCCGAUUAUAAACCGGAGCAAGCUGACACAAACGACUAUGAUAAAGCAAAUCUUGAAGAGAUGUGCGAGUUUGGGGAAAAAACAGAGCAGUGAGUAUAACGAAGAAAAUGAACAUGAUGGAGACUCUCUUCCUCAGGAUGUUCCCAAAGGUCACUUCGUUGUCUACGUAGGAGGGAAUCGGGUCAGGUACGUCUUACCCAUUUCGUUUUUGACCCGAGCCGAGUUUCAGCUUCUUCUACAACAAGCUGAGGAAGAGUUUGGUUUCGACCACAAUAUGGGUCUCACUAUCCCUUGUGAGGAAGUAGCUUUCAAAUCUCUCAUCACUUCUAUGCUUCAAUCAACAUAUAUUUAGGGUUUUUAUUUUAGUAAUGAUUAUCUUAUUUUGGUAAUGACGAUCUGUUUUAGCCUAUUUUUAACUUUUAGAUGAUUUUGGGGUACAAUUGGGUUAGUGUUUCAAUUAGAACAAGACUAACUCUAGAGAUACCUCUAAGAGUGAUCUAUUAAACCAUUUUUAGUUAUUAUCGUAGACUUGUAGGGAGGAAUAAAACAUUACUCUGAUAAUUUUUCUCGUUGUGGUGGUGUGAUUAUAUGUAGAACCCAUUGAGGGACUAUUAUUAUAUCAGUGAAUGCUAUUUUUCUUCUUAAUUAUAAUUUUGUUUUUGCUCCAUUUUCUAUGUAAAUAUUUUUGCAUGAUUUUCCCAUUUAAAGAAUCUAAUAUAAUGUAUAUUAGCAUAUUGUUAACAAAAAAAGAA